AUGGCGGAUGCAACCUCCGACAUGGAUGCGUACUUGCGCGCCCGAAUCAAGAGCGCCUUUGACUUGUUCGACAAGGAUCGCAAGGGCUGUGUCAUUCAAGAGGAAGUGAGCACGAUCAUGCGGUACCUGGGCGCGUACCCGAGCGAGAAAGACAUUAUCAAGAAGAUAUUGCCCGAGAUGCAAGAAGACGAGCCAUCCACGUUUGUCACGUACGAACGGUUUGAAAAGAAGAUGCUCGAGGUCUUGUACAGCCACGAGUACGAGCCAGACACGGACGAAACGUUGUUGGCCGCGUUUCGGGUGUUGGACCCGGAAAAGAAGGGGUAUAUUGACGCGGAUGUGAUGAAGGACUUGCUCAUCACAAAGGGCACGCCGUUCCGCGAAAAGGAGCUCGAAGGCUUCAUGCAUGUGGCCAAAGAUGGCGAGACUGGGCGCGUCUACUACGAAGACUACAUCUCGCUCCUCACUCACGACGUCGAAGAUCUCAACAACAAGUAAAGUGUUGUGCAUCGUUCUGUGGCACUUGUCGUGGUUGGAAUAAAUAUGUUGCCUGUGAAGUCAGAGGGCGACAGUCA